AUGCGAAGCCAUCAGCAACUUCGGCAUUUCUCUAUUGAUCCGAUCCUUGAAGUACUCAAUCAGGGUACCACCUACAUAGAAGCAUUACAUGCUCUGUCAGGAAUUCCUUGGUGGGGAUUCAUCCCGAUUCUUACCGUGGCUCUCCGUUCUACAGUCACUCUACCCAUUGCUAUUUACCAAAGGAAAGGAUUUCAGAAGCAGAAUAGUUUGAGGCCUAUUGCUAACGCUAUGUCGCCUGUAUUGAAGAUAAAAUUGGCUGCGGAAGGUCAGUCAGAACAAAUGCGAACGAGAAAGGGAGAAAACUCUCCAGUCAAGAGUGAAAAGCAGCAGUUGACUGCCGAUAAGAUUAUGAUUAUUGCCUCUAAAGAGCGAUUCAAGCGUCAACGGAAGCUCUUCAAAGAUAACAGCUGCCAGAGCUGGAAGUUCAUGAUGCUACCAGCCGUUCAGAUUCCUCUUUGGGUAAGUGUUUCUUACAUGCUUCGUGUUUUAACUGGCUGGUCACAGAUUGGUUCGAAGCCUCUGGAUUCCACCUUAACUACGGAAGGUGUUGGAUAUUUGCAUGAUUUGGCUCUUAACGAUCCUUAUUUUGUGCUUCCAAUAACUCUAGGUAUCUUGGCCUUGGCAAAUGCUGAAUGGAACUUUGCUACCGCCGAUAUGAUGAAGCUUACCACCAGAGGUGUCAGAAAUUCCCUUAGACCUACUGCUUUUGAUACCAUCAUCACAUUGACCAGAGGAUCCAUAAUCUUUCUUAUGGCCAUGGCUACCCAGGCUCCUGCUGCGUUAGUUCUAUAUUGGAUUAGCUCUAAUGGGUUUUCUCUUUGCCAAAACCUAUUAAUGGAUAGAUUCCUACCUAUUAGAUACACCCCUUACAAACGGUUUUAUUCGGCUAAGAAGCUUUCAAAAGGUGCCGUGCCAUUGAUCAAGUACUGA